AUGUGUCCUCCAAGAUUCCUACAAUCUUUCGAAAACCCCAAUUAUAUUCGAAGUUUGCACAUGGCUUUUGGAACAAUCUCACUGCUUUUAACAAGUUUUACGAUAUUUAUGAUCUGUAAGGUGAAAAACCGUAGAAUCCGCGGUGUUAAAUACGUGCUCCUUCAACAUCAGAUCUUUGCGCUAUUCACAAAUUUUAUGCUAUGUUUUCUACUCUGCCCAUAUUUCUUCAUUCCCUCUGUUGCCAUUGGUAGCUUGGGAUUUCUAGAAAUUCUUGGUGUCAAUUUCAAAGCGCAGUGUUAUUUUGGUCAAGUCAUAUUCGAUUCCCUUGCGAUUUGCAUCGUCGCAAUCUUCGAAAAUCGUCACAGUGCUGUGACAACUAUCAAGUUCAAACUACACACAAAAUCUGCGCGCAGAAUAUGGUAUGCAGUAAACUACAUUGUAGCCUUCGCCAUUUUUAGUCCAUAUAUUUUUGAUGAUUGUGAUAAUGAUGAGGCGAAGUUGGAGAUUUUGAAGACUGCGAUAGGCUGUCCGAACGAAAUAUUUUUCUCAAGUAUAACUCAUGUUUUAACAUUGAGAGUCCGAAUUCCAGCAUUUUCAAUGUGUUUUUGUUUAUUAAUUAUUGGAUCUCAAUCGCUAUUCUUUCUACUUCACACAGUUUUUCAUUUACUAUACUCAAAUGACCAAAAAAUAUCUGAAAAUACCAGAAAACUUCAACAGAAGUUUCUUCGAACAAUCUGCAUUCAAAUUGCCGUGCCGUUUUUGAGCGUUGGCCUCCCAUUAUUAAUCGUUACUUGUGCGGUUUUUAUGAAUUUUCACAAUCAAUUAUUAUCUGCUUAUUGUUGUGUUUUACUCGGAGCAUAUCCGUCAAUAUUUUCGAUUUUGUUGAUUUUGUUACAUCCCGUGUAUCGCGAUUUUACGAGGAAUUUGGUGUUUUGUAGAGGUGAUAAGAAGGUGAUGAUUAUUGUGGCAAACAGUCUUUGA